ACCACACCACCGCGCGGUACUCGUACGUACGCCUCACUUUCCCCACUCCUCCACUGGCACUCUCGCCUCGCCUCACCUCACCUCCCCGCGUCGGCGUCGGCGGCCAUGGCCCCGCCUCCACGCCACCACCUCGUCCUCCUCCUCCUCCUCGUCGUCGUCCCGAUCCUCGCCUCGGCAGGCCUCGUCCUGGAGGACGGCUACGCCGUCACCACCGUCGCCGACCUCAACCCCGUCCCGAAUGCGCCCCACCCCUACGCGCUCCUCCCGCGGCCGCGCGCCGGGGACCUCGUCCUGCUCGACUCCGCGGGUUCCGCGCUCUACACCCUCGCCAUCCCAGACGGGGGCGGCGCCGGCCCUAGGAGCCUCGCGGGGGGCGCCCGCGCCGGCUUCGAUGACGGGGGCCCUCGCGACGCCGCCUUCGACCGCCCCCGCAGCUUCGCCGUCGACGGCGCGGAUAACGUCUACGUCGCCGACCGCGUCCACGGCGCCGUCCGCAAGAUCGCGCCCUCCAGUUUUACUACUACAAUUGCUGGAGGGCGCUCAAAAGGGUCUGGACACAAGGAUGGGCCUGCACAGAAUGCUACAUUCUCUCCAGAUUUUGAGCUUGUUUAUGUCCCAAAAUUGUGUGCUCUGCUAGUUACUGACAGAGGAAAUCGUAUGAUCAGACAAAUCAAUCUAAAACAAGAAGAUUGUCCUCGUGAGACACAGCCAGGUUUCGCAACAACUUCGGUGUCAAUUAUUGCAGUCGUAUGUGCACUGUUUGGAUCAGUUAUUGGGUUCUUGGUUUGGCAUGUUUACCCUGCUCAUGAAGUCUCCAUCAACCGCUUUUUCAGCCAGAUGCGGAAGCAGUACAAGAGAAUCCAGAGGGGGGCCGCUCUGAUCAGCUGCUCCGACAUCAAAAGCGUAGUUGCUAACUCCGUGGUCCAUGCCCUCCUGCUGAAGCUAGUUAGAGUCAGUGUUGGCUAUCUAAGUGUUGUGUUCCCUAGUGUUAGGUCAGAGAGACGAGUUCCUGCUAAGCCUUGUCCUUCUCUUAUUGAUUUAGACAACAAUAUUACUACUAGCGUUGGUCUUGACAACAAAGCACAUGAGUCUACUGAGCUAGCGGGGAAUUUCAUUGGCUUCGAUGGAGAUACCAGUUCAGAGGAGGAUAAUGAACCUGCAGCUGAUGUGUGUGGCCGUAUUCAUAAUGACAAGGACCCUGCUGGUGAUUUGGCAGCGCUUUUGGAUAGCCCUCAGGUCAGCUCUAUGAAGAUAGAUGACAUGAUCGAGGCCAACUUAUCAGACUUUUCAGGUCAAGAGAAUUAUAACAGCUCAGCUGUCAAAUGUUCUGGUAUAAGUAGGAGGAGGUUGCAUGGAGAUAGUAAGGCUGUCUGAGCUUGAUUGCCGUCAUGCACGUCUUUGCUUGGGGUAUUAUCUCACCUGUGUUGCUAUCUGCUGUGGUUUGUGCCGAACUAAAUACCAAUCGUGUCAGUAUGUCCUGCACUAGCGAAGUGUAAACAAGUAGUACAAUAACUAGGUGUGGUAUGUGCUCAUAUCUUCAGUGGUUGUGUCAUGUAAUUGUGCUCAGGUAUGAUAAGCUCAUGUAAUGAUGGUUACUAUUGUUAUUCUCGUAUUAAAGCUCUAUAUGAUGUCUAAUAUACUUGCAGUGUCA